CGGCCCGCGACUCCGCCACUCGAACCCGACUCGCCCGACUCGCAGCAACAGGUCCGAACCCGACGAUACCGAAGCGCGAUCCCCGUGCACCCGCGCCGCGGCCGCUGUCACACCGGGCACACAGCAACAGGCAGACCAUUUCACUGUGUAAUCUUUGACCGUCACAAACUAAGCCCAUAAGAGAAAAUCGAUAUAUGUGAAGAUAGACCUGAAACGAAAGCAAUAACAUCAUUUUGAAAGUCUACCCUCCGGUAGAAAACUAGGCGUUUGUAUACUCAUGACAGAUUUUGGCUCGUCUCUAACAACCGUCAGGAUGAUGCUGCCUCUAAUAAUGCUAGUCUCGCUCCUGCGAGUGACGUGGGGCGAGGAGGCGGAGGAGGCGGACUGGGAGAGCAGCCGACUGGGCCCGGACCCGGGCGAGGACGGCCCCACCUCCGCGGAGAUCUACAAGCGCCUUUACAACUUCGGCCUCGGCAAGAGGGCCUACAGCUACGUCUCCGAGUACAAGCGACUGCCCGUCUACAACUUCGGCCUCGGAAAGAGGUCGCCCAGGCAUUAUAACUUCGGCCUAGGCAAACGGGCCGACCAAUACGACGACAUGUUGGACGACUCGUACCAGACGGCGGAUCUAGUGAAGCGGAUCCGACCGUACAACUUCGGGCUGGGGAAGCGCUCGCCGCGGCAGUACAACUUCGGCCUGGGCAAGCGCAACAAGAUGUACUCCUUCGGACUGGGCAAACGCGCCGGCCUAGGCUCGGACGACUACGACCAGCUCGACCUGGACGCCUACCCCUACCCCCCGCUCCCCGCCCGCCCUGAGAGGAGCCUCCACUACAACUUCGGCCUCGGAAAACGGGACCCCGCCCCCGCCAAGCCACAGGGACCUCCCGCCUCCAAGGAGUCCGCACAAUAAACCCACGUUCCCCAGCAUCUUCCGCCGUACCCGCUUCAGUUCCUAUUCGCCAGUGGUGAGGCGUGAAUGAUCGAUUAUCGAUAUUUUCCCAUUUGAAGCUAUGGUAUAGAAUCGAACACUGGAAAAAAAAACACACAUUGGAUCUAG